AUUGAUUUCUUUAGAUUUAUUUUUCAUUGCACAUGUUCUGUUUUGGGCUACUUUUGAAGUGCUUCUUGGCUAGUUUUUCGGCCGGUUUUGUGGCUGACUGGUCUUGAAAAUGAGACCCGGCAACUGUGAUUGAUUGAGAGUGCGUGUGAGAGAGAGACAAGAAGAAGAGACCUAGGAGGACCCUCCAAAUGUGACUGUGUGUUGCUGCUGCAGGAUCAGAGCUGGGGGAGGAGCAGCCCGACUGACUGGAGAUGGCUCCAAUUACACCAUUUGCCUGGCCUCACUUUGUUUUGCUCGCUGCCUGUCCCGCUUAUUCGCUGCUGCCAGUUGAGGAUUGAAGAGGGGAUAGAAACAUUUGUUAUCCCCGUUCCCCACAGGGGCCACUGAUAGAAGCGAGGAGAGUGCUGGGACACAGGCGCUACUCCUGCGUGAGGUGCAUCUAGUAGCCGGGCUAUUUUUACUAGCAGGCUGGGCGUGUGUGCCAGGGGGAGGCAAAGUUUAGCCGUGCAGCCUGGGCGUGUGUGGAUGGAUUUCUUUCCUCUGUGGGACUGACCGGGAAUCUUUUCCCCUUGAGCGAAGUGAUCUGCUGGGGCAAAGUUGUAUUUGGCGGAGGGUUGUGUUUAUAGGGGGAUGGGAAGUGCGCGGGGGGAGGUGCAGCUGCUGGAGUAGAGGGGGCUCGGCCAGUCCGCUGUUUCGCUGCUGCCAUUUGAUCAGACUGGAGCUUUGAAGAUCACACAGAUUACACAGCUGGGCCCCAAGGCACUGGCCGGGGCUGUGGGAUGUACGGAGCCUUUUAAGCCCAAUUGGAUGUUCCCUGGAUCGGAAGCCUCCUAUGUGGACUAUUGUCGGAGCUGCUCAAACUUAAGCAGAUGGCUGCGGGGAUCUGUCAUUUGUCUGCUGCUCCCACGGAUAAGUAACAGCAGCCGCACAAUCAUUCCACUGGGUAGAAUUACAUUGUUGGAAGGAAGGAAUAAUACACUUGCUGAACCAUGACGCUUUGCAUGGGUUUUGCCUGGGCGUUGCUGCUCACCGUAAGUGCGGUCUGUGCCGUUAACUUUCCUGAGGAUGACGAGCCUAUUAAUGUUGUCGAUUAUCACUAUUCAAGGCAAUAUCCAGUAUUUAGAGGACGCCCUUCAGGCAAUGAUUCACAGCACAGCCUGGACUUUCAACUGAUGCUGAAAAUUCGAGAUACACUUUAUGUGGCUGGAAGAGAUCAGGUUUAUGCUGUCAAUUUAAAUGAGGUACCGAAGACUGAAUUAACUCCGAGCAGAAGGUUGACAUGGAGGUCGGGCCCAGCAGACCGUAAAAACUGUGCGAUGAAAGGAAAGCACAAGGAUGAAUGCCAUAACUACAUCAAGGUUUUCGUUCCAAGAAACGAUGAGAUGGUGUUUGUCUGUGGUACAAAUGCAUUCAAUCCUAUAUGCAGAUAUUACACGUUAAAUACUUUCGAGUAUGAUGGGGAAGAAAUUAGUGGCUUGGCAAGAUGCCCAUUUGAUGCCAGACAAACCAAUGUAGCCCUCUUUGCUGAUGGCAAGUUAUAUUCUGCUACCAUGGCCGAUUUCCAAGCCAGCGACGCUGUGAUCUAUCGAAGUAUGGGGGAUGGAUUUGCUCUGAGGACAAUUAAAUAUGACUCCAAAUGGCUGAAAGAGCCACAUUUUCUCCAUGCGAUAGAAUACGGAAAUUAUAUCUAUUUCUUCUUUCGGGAGAUUGCUGUUGAACAUAAUAAUCUAGGCAAGGCGGUGCACUCUCGGGUGGCACGCAUAUGCAAAAAUGACUUGGGAGGCUCACAGCGAGUGCUGGAGAAACACUGGACUUCAUUCGUAAAGGCGCGACUCAAUUGCUCUGUUCCUGGGGAUUCAUUCUUCUACUUUGAUGUUCUGCAGUCUAUCACAGACAUAAUAGAAAUCAAUGGAAUUCCCACUGUUGUUGGUGUAUUUACUACACAGCUGAACAGUAUCCCAGGUUCAGCGGUUUGCGCUUUCACCAUGGAUGACAUAGAAAAGGUAUUCAGAGGAAGAUUUAAAGAACAAAAGUCCCCGGACUCUGUUUGGACAGCUGUAUCUGAAGACAGAGUACCUAAGCCAAGACCUGGUUGCUGUGCAAGACAUGGUUUUGGAGAAGGCUACAGGGCCUCUACAGAAUUUCCAGAUGAAACCUUAUCUUUUAUCAAGUCCCAUCCACUGAUGGACUCUGCAAUCCCAACUAUAAUAGAAGAGCCGUGGUUCACUAAGACACGCGUAAGGUACAGAUUAACUGCUGUAGCAGUGGACCACUUGGCAGGGCCUUACUUAAAUUACACAGUGAUGUUUGUGGGUUCUGAAGCUGGUGUUGUAUUAAAGAUCCUAGCCAAGACCAGCCCCUUUUCUCUGAAUGACAGUGUAUUACUGGAAGAGAUUGAUGCCUACAACCGUGUAAAGUGUUCUGGGAAUAGCGAGGAGGAUAGAAAAGUAAUAUCACUGCAGAUGGACAGAGACCAUCAUGCCUUGUUUGUGGCAUACUCAGGCUGCAUUGUUAGACUGCCCAUGAGCCGCUGUGAGCGAUAUGGAUCGUGCAAAAAGUCUUGCAUCGGUGCCAGAGAUCCUUAUUGUGGCUGGCUAAACCACGAGACCUGCGGAAGAGUGAAACCUGGCAUGUUCUUUGGAUAUGAACAGGAUGUAGAAUACGGUAACACAGUACAGCUUGGCGACUGUCAUGACAUUUUGCCUUCUGCAACUACACCAGAUUACAAAAUAUUUGGCGAUCCAACAUCUGACAUUGAGGUUCCCUCUACUUCUGUAACCACCAUGACAAGUAGCCCAGUCAUUUUACCUAAAGUGAUUGGUUCCUGGAAGCCCAGAAUGACUGGCUCUCGGAAAUUUAUAUACCAAGAUGACCCAAACACCUCUGAGUAUAUUGAUCCAUUAACAACAGGUGUCCACGAGGGUGUAAGAUGGGAAGUCCAGUCAGGAGAUGCCAACCAAAUGGUCCACAUGAAUGUUGUGAUCACCUGUGUACUUGCUGCUUUUGUGCUCGGAGCUUUUAUUGCAGGAGUGAUAGUUUACUGCUACAGGGAGAUGUUCACAAGGAAAACAAGAAAAAUCCACAAAGAUGCAGAGUCUGCUCAGUCCUGUACAGAUUCAAGUGGAAGUUUUGCAAAAUUAAAUGGAUUGUUCGAUAGUCCCGUUAAAGAAUAUCAUCAAAGCAUUGAUUCACCCAAGCACUACACAAACAUACUGACUAGUAGGAAGGAAAUGCCACCAAAUGGAGAAACCAAGUCAAUGAUGAUGGAGAGUCAAGGACAGCCACCCGAACUAUCGGCCCUUCCGACUCCUGAAUCUACCCCGGUGCUUCACCAAAAGAGUCUGCAGCCUAUCAAAAACCAGUGGGAGAAAACACACAAUAACUUAAACAUUUCACGGAAAGAAACUCCUCUUAAAAGUCCACAGUAUUUUCCCUCCAGCCCUCCACCCCAUUCACCUUUAGCUCAUGGGCAAAUACCGAGUGCUGUUGUUCUUCCAAAUGCCACCCAUGACUUCAAUACUUCCUUUUCAAACUCAAAUGCCCAUAAAUCGGAUAAAAAAUUGCACAACCUAGAGCAUUCUUUGGGAAAACAGUCAAGCAAGAGGGACCACAGGCGCUCUGUUGAUUCAAGGAAUACAUUAAAUGACUUUUUGAAACAUUUGAAUGAAUCCACUGGAAGCCCCAAAGCUCUUAUGGCAGAUAUUCAAGUAACGCAUCAGAAUGGUCAAGUUCCACAUCAAACUUUAAUGCUAGAUACAAUGGGAAACAUGUCUGAAGUGCCGCCUAAAGUUCCCAACAGAGAGGCAUCUUUGUAUUCCCCAUCUUCUACUCUUCCAAGAAACAGCCCAACAAAAAGAGUGGAUGUGCCGUCAACUCCAAAUGGGCAAAUGACUCCUUUAGAAUCACAAAGGAGCUAUCAUAAGAACUCUUCACAGAGGCAUUCAAUAUCAGCCCUGCCUAAAAAUAUGAACUCACCAAAUGGUGUUUUGCUUUCAAGACAGCCAAGUAUUAAUCGAGGAGGAUAUAUGCCUCCAAGUCCCAGUACAAGGAUGGACUAUAUGCAAGGGACACCUAUAAUAGUUCACCAACAGACUUCUUUGUCGCGGCAAAGUAGUUAUACAGGGCAUGGAACCCUUCCCCGUAUGGGGGUAAAAAGGACACCAUCUAUUAAGCCAGAUGUGCCACCAAAACCUUUGUUUACUUCACAAAAUACAUCUGUAAGACAGCUGAACAAAUAUAGCUACUAAGGACAAUAUUCCUGCUUAAUGCAAAUAAGGUAAUGGCGUGAUGUUGUAAUACAAAGUCUGCAGGCAGGUGCCUAGUCAUUCCCAAACAAAGUGGCCAAAGAAGCUCCCUUUAGUUUGGCAACGUCGUGUCUCGCCGCCCGCAGAUAUAGAUAAAUGAGCAAAAGAGCAAAACAAAGGAAUGUGCUGGUCAUUUAAUUUCUUUUGUUUGGCACAGAGUGGAGAUGUAGCACAAAGCUAUGCUACUUAAGGGGUUUUUUUUUGGUUUUUUUUAAAGCAGUACCACAUUUAACGAUAUACUUGAAAACUGGCUUCAUUUCAUACCACCACCACGUGUAACCAUCCCAUUUAAUGUGAACGUUGUGUAUACAUUCACCUUGCCUCUUGCACAAGUCUCACCAAGUUGUCCUGAUCAAAGUUUGCGCUAAAUCUUCUACUGGCUCCAGCCCAUUAUUUAUCACAUGCAGCAAUUUCUGUACUCCACUGAUACACCAGACCUUAGUAUUUGCUAUCUGUGCAUGUGUCCUGUUCACACAAUCAGGUCCAUAGAGAUUGUUGCAACUCCUGUGCUAUGGAGCUGUUUACAUUGAAACUGGGAGAGACAGAGCUGCCUUUCUUUUCUGAUAAACAUGGCUGAACGAGGUACCUCGUGCAAGAAUGCAAAGAUUCUUAGUAAGGUUAUGCUGCUAUAUAAUAAAUAUUGUGUAUUAUCACUGGUAAAGCUACUAAACAACAGAAAGGUGAAUUAUGUUGCUUUGUUACCAUGAUUGGAAUUGUAGUCAAUUUAACAUUAGUGCCAGUUACAUUUCUCUAUUGUUUCUAUAAAUGCAGCCCUUAAUAGUGGAAUAUUAUUACGGUUCCUAGUUGCCAUAGGUGUAGUGAAGGUGAAAUUGGAACCGCUACAGUACUAAGUUCAACAAUAGUGCAAUUAUGUUCAUUUCAUGUUCUCUGAGUGUUUUAAAAGGUCAUGCAGGUAAUGACAAUGUUCUGUAAAUAGAUGAGGAUACCCAGAUCUGUGCAUUUUGUGCCUUAUUCAUGAGAAUACAAUUACUGUGGCCUGUCAAAGUGUCUUCGGUGCAGCAUAUUAGAGUGUCAGAUCCAUUUUCACUAAGUCCUUUCAACCACUAAAUACAAAAAGAAUGUAGACGGCAGUCAGAACUACCAUCCAGCAGGAGAAACUCUGCAAUCGAUGCCAUACUAGGAAUUUAAUACAGAUUUCUGAGCUAAAACACCUACUAAAAUUGGUGCAAGACAUUUCCAAGAUUUGACAGCAACGGCUGUUGAUUGAUAUUCGACACAGAUGGUGAUUUAGAUGCAUAUAAACAUAUUGUUUAUUGCACAUAGAGAGAAUAUGCUCAAAACUGAGGCUAGAUUUGUUUUAUUCAAGAGAAUGUCCGGUUUAUUUUUUCAAUGUAAUUUGCAAAUUGACAGGAAACAAAAAUUGGCUCAUUCUCUUGUGUAAAUUUGCCUGAAAAGAAAGUAUUCACUAGUCUUUGUUUAUGGCCAAAGUUUGGGGUAAUGUUUUUAUACUGAAUGAAUACCAGUUAUGCAAUUUGCCAUCGAUUUCCAGUUACAAAGGCUGAUGAUGGGCGUUCCUGUUUGAGAAAGAGUAAGAGCACUUGAGACUGAAAAAAGCCAAACCAGUAAACCUUUUAACCCGGGUAUCUUUUUACUGCCUUGUAGAUCGUAAUGUGAGUUCUAUCAGUAUUUAUGUUGAUGUUUCUAACAUUCAAUCUAGGCAAAAACAUUUCAUUUAUCUAAAAAAAGUGCUUUAUCCACUUGUGCAAAGGUAAAAAUAAAAACUGCAGAUUGUAACUUUUUUCUAUUGGUCCAGCAUAGAAAAGUAAUCAUGCAAAUGUUGCUCUAUCCUGUUCCUUAGAGUAUUUAAAGGGUAGAUCUUUUAUUGUGAAUGUGUAAAUAAUUCUGUACUAUUUGGAUUUUUAACAGCGCAUGUAAAGAAAAAAUAAAAUAUCCAAUCGAAA